AUGGCUUCACCCCAACUGUGUGCCAAGACGGCUACUCGACAAGUUGGAGAUAGUCAAUGCUUCGUCAAUGUCGAGGAUGAAAUGAAGCAAUUGAUCGCACCAGAGAAGAGAUUGACACUUGAGAGAAUCUAUUCUAUUAUAGCUUUUGCCCCAAGAAAGAUUGAAUGCAAGAAAGGAAGAAGAUUCUGUGGAAACUUUGUGCUUGUACUAUCGAAAGAUUCGAGAGAGUAA